AUGAGGAAGGAUGUUUCACAAGAAAAGGAGUACCGAGAUGCACUUGAGUUUUUCAAUGAAAAGAACAGAGAAAAAGUGCAGCUUAUCACAAAGCUAAUGGAGAGUACUACUAAACUCUGUUUCUGUUUGGCUGGUGAAGAAAUUUCAAGCAGUGUGAAGACAAAUUCAUGCAUUGACGAAGAAAGACAAGCGCUUCUCGUCUUUAAACAUCUUGUUGAUCAUUCUGGUAGGCUUUCGUCUUGGGUGGGUCAUGAUUGCUGCCAAUGGGAAGGUAUUUCAUGCAACAACAGCACUGGUCACGUCGUGAAGAUGGACCUCCGGAAUCCAUAUGACGGUGAGUAUGAAGAGUGGAGAAAUGCUUCUUUGGGAGGUAAGAUAAAUGCUUCUCUGUUGAGCUUGAAACAUUUAAAUUACCUGGACUUGAGCCUGAAUUGGUUUGAUAGUAAUCAAAUUCCUAAGUUCAUUGGGGAGCUUAAAAGUUUGCAAUAUCUCAAUCUCUCCUUUGCGCAUGUUGGAGGAGAGAUUCCCUCUUCUCUUGCUAACCUGUCAAGCCUAAAUUUUCUUGAUCUCGGGGGCAAUUUUGACAUAUCUUCCAAAAAUUUGAAUUGGCUUUCUCACCUCACUUCCCUGAAAUACAUUAAUCUCAAUGGCAUUAACCUUAACAACACAGGAGUCAGUUGGGCAUAUGAUAUUAACAUGCUUCCUUCAUUGUUAGAGUUACAUUUAUCUUCGUGCCAAAUUGAAAGCAUUCCAAUCUCACUGCAGAGCAUUAAUUUCCUUCCACUUUCACUACAGAGGAUUAACUUCACAUCACUGUUGGUCCUUGAUAUGUCGUCUAAUGGCAUUAAAAGUUCUUCAUUUCCCGGCUGGUUUUUUAAUCUUACCAACCUCGUAACACUUGAUCUAUCCGGGAAUGAUUUCAGGGAUUCUUUUCCAAGUGAAUUUUCAAACUUCAAAUCUCUGGAAAACCUUCAUUUAUCUGAUACAGGCUUAAAAGGUCAAAUUCCAAAAGUCAGUCGAAAUUUGUGCAAGCUAAAAGCCUUAAGUCUUUCAGAGAACAAAUUUGAUGCGGGGAUUGAAGAGUUCUGGAGGAGUCUCUCAAAUUGUCCAAGUAAUACAUUAGAGUCACUAGAUUUGUCUAAUUGCCAGCUUGAAAGCCAAUUGCCGGUCUUUUUAGGAAUGUUUAAAAGUUUGCAGAAUCUCAACCUUAGAGAAAACAAUUUGUGGGGCUCAAUUCCAGAUUCCAUCGGAAACUUGUCGUCCUUGAGAACACUAGACCUCUAUUAUAAUAAUUUGUCGGGCUCAAUUCCAGAUUCCAUCAGAAACUUGUCGUCCUUAAGAACACUAGACCUCAGUUAUAAUAAGAUGAACGGCUCAAUUCCAGAAGGAAAUAGAAACCAACCCAUGUCCCUCAUUCUCGACGGGGCUUAUGACAGGGUUCCCCCUUUCAAGCUCUUCAAUAUUUUGAUCAUGAAUUGUCGGAUAAGUCCUGGUUUUUGGGUAUGGCUUCAAACUCAAACUGAACUGUCUAAUGUUAUCCUUCUGGGUAAUGGAAUCUCGGAUUCCAUACCUGAGGAAUGGUUGUUGAAGAUAUCUUCCCAAUCUAGCUGUCUAGACUUGUCUUACAACCACUUUUAUGGAAACUUUCCAUCCCAUUUGAAAUUUCCAAAUUUAACGUUUAUUGAUUUGAGUCAUAAUCAGUUGGAGGGCCCUCUACCACUUUGGUGUUUCCCUAAUGUCGAUUCCCUUUAUCAAGAAGGCAAUUUAUUUUCUGGGCCAAUCCCCUCAAAUAUUGACCAAAUGAUGCCCAAAUUGCAAGAAUUGUUACUUCAUGAGAAUCAUUUGAAUGGCACUAUUCCUCCCUCUAUUUGUAAGAUGCAGAAGUUACAAAUCCUGUCUCUAAGGAGCAAUCAGUUUUCUGGAGAACUCCCUCAUGCAUGGAAUAUGGAAAGCACUAUGGUGUUUUUAGAUGUUGGUCAAAACAAUCUGUCUGGUAAGAUUCCCACUUCAUUGGGGGUACUACGUUCCUUGGAAAUUUUAAAGCUCAACGACAACAAUUUUGGUGGUGAAAUUCCUGAUGCCUUGCAAAAUUGUUCAAGUUUGAGGAGUAUUGAUCUUGGAGACAACAAGUUAUCUGGGAAAAUACCUCUAUGGAUAGGAGGGUCAAACGUAUCUAAGUUGUCUAGGCUACGAUUACGGUCCAACUAUUUUAGUGGAUGUAUUUCCCAUCAAUUGUGCAAUCUUCAAGGCCUUCACAUCCUCGACCUUAGUCACAACAGCCUUUCAGGUAUUAUUCCAAUGUGUUUGGAUAACUUAACUUCGCUAGUCAAUGAUGAUUCUUAUGAAUACUAUUAUAAUGGAUAUGAGCAAGCCACACUAACACUAAAAGGAGAAGAACUUGUGUACAACACAACUCUAUAUCUUGUAAAGAGCAUUGAUCUUUCAUCAAAUAAUUUAAAAGGUGAAAUCCCUGAAGAAAUAAGCGGCCUCAUUAUGUUGGGCACCUUGAAUUUGUCCAUGAAUCAAUUAAUUGGAAAGAUCCCUUCCAAGGUCGGAAACUUGCGUUGGCUUGAAACUCUUGAUCUCUCACACAACCACCUUUCGGGACAGAUUCCUCAAAGCUUGUCAUCUUUAACCUCUUUGUCCCACCUGGACUUGUCUUACAACAACUUGUCUGGAAGAAUUCCUACUGGAAACCAGCUUCAAACGCUCAAUUUUUCAUCCAUUUAUGUGGGCAAUCAAUGGUUAUGUGGCGUUCCUCUCUCAACUAAGUGCCCUGAAGAUGACCCUUUUACUGCUAAGGAUGCAAAGGAGGAGAAUGAAGAUGGAAAGGAUAAGUUGUGGCUCUAUGUUAGUGUGAGAGGGAGGUGGGAGAAUUCGAUGGCGUCUUCCGGGUUCCUGUCCCUUGCCGAGAGAGAGAUGGGAGAGGAAAAGGAAUACAGAGAUGCACUUGAAGCUUUCAAUGAAAAGAACAGAGAGAAAUAUAACCAGAAAUAUAACCGUUGUGCUUCAUCUUCUGCUGCUCCAGGCCUCAGGUGCGUGAAGGCGAAGUGGUCCUGGUCGACUGUCUCUUCCUCCACACUUCUGGACGAUGGUUCCGAAGCUCUGGCGAUUCCGACUGAGAAAGAGGUCAGUAACAACAAGGUAAUGGAAUUCAAUGUUUUGUUUAAAGAGGAUCCUGCUGAUGCUGAACCUAAAUUUAACCCUUUUACUGGAUCUGGAAGACGCUUGGAUGGGAAGCCUUUGAAAUAUAAGCCAGCACCAGCUUCUUCCUCAGGAUCCAAAGACAAGAAACCUGCAGUCACCAAUGGAAAUGCACAACCUUCUACAGGAUCUAGUUCACAAGCUACCAGUUGUCAGGCUCAGGGAAAACUUGUUUUCGGAUCAAAUGCCAGUCGCUCUCCAAAGGAGACAAAAAAGGAAGCUGCAAAAGAGACUAAGAAAGAGAAGCAGCCGGAAGUGAAAGAAGACCCGAAAUUCCAGCCUUUUAUCAACUUUUAG